GACCGUACUAUCUAGCGAUGCCAAGAAGCCCUUUAGAGCUCCUUCGAAAAAAGCUCAGGGUGAGGAAAUGGGCGAGUUUGAGGACGCCUGGGAGGAUGAAAUUGAGAGCGAUGAGGAAGCGAUGGAGGGAGGCAAGGGCCAUGACAUGGAAGUAGACGAAGAAGUCCUUCCGCCAAUAGAGGAAUCUGAGGAAAAACAGGUCGCACCAGAUGUUUUCAUUCCCGGUGUACAUCAGCUGGAGAAAGACGAGAUACUCGAACCAGACGAAUCUGUCUACGUCAUGCGCCAUUCCAUGAAUGUUAACUGGCCAUGUCUCUCCUUUGACGUGCUCCGGGAUAGCCUAGGCGAUGAGCGGCAGCGUUUGCCUGCGACUGCCUACAUUGUGACUGGUACCCAGGCGGACGCAGCAAAGAACAACGAGAUUGCUGUUUACAAGAUGAGCUCACUGUACAAAACGCAGCGGAGCGAAGACGACUCAGAUGACGAGAACGAAGAUGACGAUGAUGCUUUGGAUGAAGACCCUAUUGUCGAAUUCCGCUCAGUACCACACCUUGGCGGCGUCAAUCGUGUUCGCGCGCAACCCAUGCCGCAGUCAGCACCUUUGCCUCCGGUCUCGCAGCCAUAUUACGUCGCGAGCUGGUCUGAGACUGGCAAGGUACACAUCUGGGAUGUUAGACCAUUGGUACAGGCUCUGGACGUCCCCGGAUACACCAUCCCCCAGUCAAGGACGCACUCGCCUGCUUUCACGAUUAGUUCACAUGGCCGUGCAGAAGGAUUUGCUAUGGAUUGGGCUUCCUCCGGCGAAGCGAACCCUUCCGCUCUCCGCCUGUUGACUGGAGACAUGCACUCCACGAUCUAUCUCACAACCACCACCCCCUCAGGCUUCAAUGCGCUAGCAUCACCAUUUGCCUCGCACACCUCCAGCGUGGAAGAUCUGCAGUGGAGUCCAUCUGAAGCGACUGUUUUCGCAUCGUGUUCCGCCGACCAGAGUGUGCAGAUUUGGGACGUACGGAGCAAGGGCAGGAGAAGUGUGGCGGGUAUUGACCGGGCUCACGAAAGCGAUGUCAAUGUCAUCAGCUGGAACCGUGGAGCAAGUUACCUGCUCUUGAGUGGUGGUGAUGAGGGCGGCAUUAAGGUUUGGGAUUUGCGGAACGUCAAGAAGCGAGGUACGUCAGCUCCCGAUCCUACACCAGUGGCCAGGUUCAACUGGCACCGCGGACCAAUUACCUCGAUCGAAUGGCACCCAACAGAGGAAUCGAUAUUUGCCGCUUCCGGUGCGGACGAUCAGGUCACACUCUGGGAUCUUGCUGUCGAACAAGACGACGAAGAGUCCGGCGCGAUGGACGACACGCCCAAAGGAGGUGGGGACGUCCCACCACAGCUCCUCUUCGUCCAUCAGGGCCAAAAGGAUAUCAAAGAGGUGCACUGGCACCCCCAGAUUCCUGGAACCGUGAUAUCGACCGCGUUAGACGGCUUUAACAUUUUCAAGACCAUUUCCGUGUAGAAUGAGUGCGAUGUGUAUUCGUUAAGUCAACCAGCCACAUGAAUAUAUC